UGCAAUGACGUCAAAAAGGGGAAAUCGAAACUGACAUGGGUUUCCCGAGUAAUAUUUUACACCUGAUCGUGUAGCAUAAUAGCUAAAAAAAAAGGUCCAAUAUUAAACCAGCACUGACAAACAAGCCCGUCUCAUCGUCCCGACAUCUGAAGAGAAGCCACAGAACUCAGGAUCGCUUUUGCCUCACACGAUUAAAGAAAGUACAUUGAUGGUUUGGUGUGCAUAGUCUGAUUGAAUCAUGGCCCAACCAAAACCACUCUUCGUGCCCUGGUUGUAUAAACAAAUCCAAAGUGGAAGUUAUCCUGGAGUGUGUUGGAGCAAUGAAGAACUAAAACAAUUUAGCAUUCCAUGGAAGCACGCUUCAAGACAGGACUCCAACAGUGAUGAUGUCCUCAUAUUCAAGGCGUGGGCUCAGACGAGCGUCUCUGGAGAUGGCCGGAUAAACGGAGAUCCCUCUGUUUGGAAGAGAAACUUCCGAAGCGCUCUUCGUGCUAAAGGCUUCAAGAUUAUAUUUGACAGCAAGAACGAUGCCGCUAAUCCACAUAAAGUCUAUCAGUUUCCAUCUGAACCUCAUUCUGCGGUUUCAGGAUCCGAGGGCUCUCAAGAGACUGAUUUUUCACCAGAGCUGUUGGAGGAGAGCGACGUGUUCCCUACACAUCCACCCCAAGAUUUGGAGCAAGAUUUCACGGGACUAAACCUUCAGGAAAGUCCCUCGCAAGUUCAUGAAGUCUGGAAUCCAGAUCAGUUAUAUCUGGGGCUUGAAGAACAAGUACUCUUCCAAGAAACCAGUCCAUGUCCAGAAUCCCAGUAUACUGAGAUCCAUUACCAAAUAGUGGACACUUGUGGACAGUUUUCUUCAGCUGAGGGAGCUAUCGGUGGUUUGGGGCAGAUUCCGCCGUCUGAGGGGGCGACGGCUGCGGGUCACCAUCCUCCAGCAGAUCAACCAGAUGGUGAAGGUGUAGGUCAUCAAGGUAGCAUUCCUGUGGCAAAACUGGAGACUUCUUUUCAGAUUAAGGUUUAUUACAGAGGGAAGGUGGUGAAGGAAGAGUUGGUGGAGAAUGACGCUGGUUUCAGACUGAUGUAUCAGGGAAACAUGGACGAAUCCAUGGGCAGUGCUGAUCUACCAGUGGUCACACUACCUAUUCCUGAAGGUAUUCUGGAUCAGAUCCAGACCAGGCAUACGGAGGACAUUCUGAAUAAUCUGGGUGGUCUGGAGAUCAGGAAAUUGGAUAGCGUGGUCUGUGGUCACCGUUGGGGAUCCUGCAGGAUCUAUUGGGGUCUAUGCAAACAUGAAAAUAGCCAAACACCCAGAGAGCUCUCCAAAAACAGACCUGAAGCCAUUUACUACUUCAGAGAUUAUAUAUCAGGUUUGAUGGAGUUUAUGCAGACAAGCUGCAAAUCUCCUUCUUACGCUCUUUACUUCUUUCUGGGAGAGAAGUGGCCCGACCCCAAAAUGAAGCCGUGGGAGAAGAAACUCGUCAUGAUAGAGGUUAUUCUGACUUCACUGGAGGGUUUAAAUAUGAUAGCUGUUGCAAACGGAGCGUCUUCACUGCAGUCGGUGGAGCUCCAGCUCUCUCUGGAGCAAAUGAUGGAGCUGUGUUAGAAAGAGCGGCUGUGACCGAGCGGAAAGACUUGACUGCACACAUAUAGCACUCCUAAAUCGAAGUGAUUUCUUAAACAGUUUACUUAGUGGUGACUCCAUGGUUAAUUGUAUUUAUUCAAGGAGUGUGGAUUAAUAUUGCAGAGCAGAAUUUCAGUAACGGUACAAAGACAAAGAUGAGUUUACAAGUGGAGUCCUAUUUUAAAUGGAUGGGUUUCAUAGUUGUGUGCUAUCAUGAACGAACAAGAUUUAAAAUUUAAAAAUGCUAAAAUCCAAGUCUAAUGUUUUUGGAGUCUGUUUUUACACUACUCGGUUCUCUGACACAAUAUUGUGUCAGAUUGAAUGACUGUCUUAUUACAGUAUUUCUUCUGUCUUUUCCUGGCCUGAAUUUCUUUGACAGCAAUCGUAACUGAAUGUGAGCUGUUGUUCCAUUGGCGUGCCGUGUUUCUUCCUCUUGAAGAGGUUUGCACUUAGUAUCAUGGUUUCCGGUGAUGUAAGACCUGGAAAUUUCAGGGAUUUUUAUGUGUUUUACAGGCCUAGAAAUGCAUGCAAGUUAAUACAGGGUUCCCACUGUUCCUUGAAAUCCUUGAAAGUUUAUCAGUCAAAAAAAAUUAAUAAAUAAAUAAAUAAAUCAAGGCCCUGGAAAGUUUAAAAAAAAAAAACGAACAUAUAUACAGGUCCUCGAAGGUGCUUGAAUUUAUUUUGUGCAAGAAGUUUUCUGGGAAAAAAAAUCCAUAUUAUUCCCUAUGGUCUGCAGAUGUGUUAUUUUGCCAACACUUCGUGGCCUAUGCAUAUUAACUUGCUUGAUUUACGUUAAUAAUGUGCAUUUGCACGUUAUGUUAAGUGUUUCCAUUGUGAGGUACUUUGUAUUGUACGUUGCUAUGAUGUUCACGUGUGCCCGAAACUACUACGAAGGGACCUCAACGUUUCACAGACACACCGUUAAAGUAAUGUUGAAUUGCUUUGCUUGUUGAGAUAAUGUAAACCCAUGAGGCAAGAAAAACUUAAAAGCAUAUUCAUAUAUCUUAAAACUUCUGGUUACUUGAGCCAAAGCUCUUUUCAAUAAAACCCAUGCAAAAGUUAAUAUCAGAUCAUUUUAGAAUAAAGUAUAGGAUGUACCGAAUAUUCUUCAGUUUUAUGCAAAACAGAAAUACGACAAAUAGAAUAUCAUAUGGCCAAAAAAAAAAAAAAGAAGCUUUUUUGCAUAGUUGUGUUUUGACACAUGAAAACUGUAACAAUGUAUCUUUCAAGGUAACACAAUGUAACCUUGCUCUCACUUGAAAUGUCUUCCCACAUUAAGUCAUUGAAUUUGAGGGUACUGGACCUGGAAAGUCCUUGAAAGGGCCUUGAAUUUGAAGCUAACCAAGGUGUGGGAACCCUGUUAAUAAAUCUUCAAUGUCAUGGAAAAGUCAAGAACAUUUCUAUUCUAUAAUAUACAUUGUUGUAGUUAUGCUCUGUUUCAAAACAUUUCAUUGGAAAGAUACUGAUUUUUUUUUUUUUUUUAUUGAUUUUGGAGAAUAAAGCCUGUUGGCAAGCCAUGGUA